UGUCUCUACCUUGUUAUUUUCCUAGGACUAAGGAUUCACCAAAGCUGGGUCUCCUCAUGGUGCUUCUUAGCAUCAUUUUUAUGAAUGGAAAUCGUUCCAGUGAGGCUGUCAUCUGGGAGGUGCUGCGCAAGCUGGGGCUGCGUCCUGGGAUACAUCACUCGCUUUUUGGGGAUGUGAAGAAGCUUAUUACGGAUGAGUUUGUGAAGCAGAAGUACUUGGACUAUGCCAGAGUCCCUAAUAGCAAUCCCCCUGAGUAUGAGUUCUUCUGGGGCCUGCGCUCCUACUAUGAGACCAGCAAGAUGAAAGUCCUCAAGUUUGCCUGCAAGGUACAAAAGAAGGAUCCCAAGGAAUGGGCAGCUCAGUACCGAGAGGCGAUGGAAGCAGAUAUGAAGGCUGCUGCUGAGGCUGCAGCUGAAGCCAAGGCGAGAGCUGAGAUUAGAGCUCAAAUGGGCAUUGGGCUUGGCUCUGAAAAUGCUGCUGGGCCCUGCAACUGGGACGAAGCUGAUAUUGGACCCUGGGCCAAAGCCCGGAUCCAGGCGGGAGCUGAAGCUAAAGCCAAAGCCCAAGAGAGUGGUAGUGCUAGCUCUGGUGCUAGUGCCAGUGGUGGCUUCAGUGCCAGUGCCAGCCUGACUGCUACUCUCACAUUUGGGCUCUUCGCGGGCCUCGGUGGAGCUGGUGCCAGCACCAGUGGCAGCUCUGGUGCCUGUGGUUUCUCCUAUAAGUGAGAUUUCAGGUAUCUACUUAGACUGGGUUGGGACGGCUUGGGCCUAUGGGGUUGGGAUGAGGAACUGGCUGGUUAUAGGAAGGCCAAAGUUGCAGGACCAUAUGGAGCAUAUGGGGAAAAAAAACCCAUUGCCAUUUUAUUUCUUCCCUUUUGAUGGCUAUCAGUUGACUUUUUCAAUUUAUUUUACUUGUGUUUUCAGAUAUUCCUAAUCCCAGCAGUCUUUCUCUUCAAGCCAGGGUGUGUCCUCAGAAACCUAUUCAACACAGCACUCUAGGCAGCCACUAUAAAUCAAUUGAAGUUGACACGCUAUAUUAAAUCUAUUUGCCAUUUCUGAA